UUCGCGACGCAAGAGCGCAGGAGGAGGAACUCAGAGCCUUACUGCCCGACAUAGCCAGGCAGUGGCAGCACCUGGCACAGUGGCCAUGGGGAAGCGUUACUUCUGCGACUACUGUGACCGCUCCUUCCAGGACAACCUCCACAACCGCAAAAAGCACCUGAAUGGGCUGCAGCAUCUCAAGGCCAAGAAGUCCUGGUAUGACAUGUUCCGAGAUGCAGCUGCCAUCUUGCUGGAUGAACAGAACAAGCGGCCCUGCAGGAAGUUUCUACUGACAGGCCAGUGUGACUUUGGCCCCAACUGCAGAUUUUCCCACAUGUCAGAGCGAGACCUGCAGGAGCUGAGUAUCCAGGUGGAGGAGGAGAGGCGGGCCAGGGAGUGGCCUCUAGACAUAACUGAACUCCCCGAGGGCCAUCUGGAGGACUGGCUGGAGAAGAGAGCCAAGCGGCUGAGCUCAGCCCCAAGCAGCAGGGCUGAACCCAUCAGAGCCACUGUCUUCCAGUACCCAGUGGGCUGGCCACCAGUCCAGGAGCUGCCUCCAUCUCUGCGGGCACCCCCCCCUGGGGGCUGGCCCCUGCAGCCCAGCGUCCAGUGGGGCUAGUCCCUCUUCCCACCUGACCCCCACCAGGUCGCUCCCACUUCAGUCACAGUAAAGAUAAGGGCUCAUACUGGGGAUGCUGAGGUCCCUGCCUGCUGUGCCCCACAGAGCCUCUGAAGCUAUUAGCUCUGCCUGGCCUGGCCUUGCUGAAGCCCAGGAGUUCCCCCACCAGGUGAAGCCCUGGCCCUGGCUCUGUGCCACUCUGCUUCACCCUCCCUCCCUCAUGGGCCAUCUUGAGAGCAUGGGUGAGAAAACUUCCUGCUGGAUGUUUAUAAAGAAAGUAUGUCACUAUGA